GACACUGGCAACAGUUUUUGUGCUCUGCGCAAAGCUGGUCCCCCCAGCACUGGUUUGCGGGGUUCAAGGGCUGAAUGCGUCAGUGACAGCCAGGCCUGGCAGCUGUCAUCGAGACACCAGGCAGUCGUUGGCUGCAGGAGGUGCUCGAAGCCUUCCACCUAAGAGGCUCCUCACCCUGCCUGUCUGCGCGCAGAGCUCUUGUCUGAGGCGGAGACACAGAUGACUGGCAGUGUUGAGAUCUUUCUCCACUAGAGGCUGGAGGCGGUUACUGAGUCAAGAGAUUGGACUUUUGCCCAGGAGAACUGGAAAUUUUACACAGGCUUUGGUUCCUCUCCGUGGUUUCUGCUUUCAGCCCCUCACGAAUAUAUCCGCGCUGAAAAAAAUGAGUGCUGAGAAGUUCUCGGCGGCAAUGCUAGAGACUUGGCUGGAGUCCAAGGAAGAAACUGGUGCAAAGCUCCAGGGAGAAUGUCCAGCAGUGAUCUCUCCAGUCACUCUCAAGAAGGUUCACUUCUGCCUUCUGGGGCUUCUCUUCAUUCUCUCUACGACUGUGGUGGCUCUCUCUGUAGCAUUGGCAGAGGCAAAAAGAGAGCCUGGCAUAGAGAAGACAUUGUAUGCCACCUGCCCAAAAGACUGGAUUGGAUUUGGAAGCAAAUGCUUUUAUUUUUCUGAAGACACUAGAAACUGGACUUUCAGCCAGACCUCCUGCCUGUCACUAGAAGCCCAGCUCGCCCAGUUUGACAGCCUGGAGGAACUGAAGUUUCUGAGGAGAUACAAGGGCACCUCUGACCACUGGAUCGGCCUGCACAGAGAGUCGUCCCAGCAUGCUUGGAGGUGGACAGACAACACUCAAUAUACCAACGUGACUUUCAUCCGAGGUGCUGGGGAGUGUGCCUACCUGAAUGACAACGGUAUCAGCAGUGCCAGGGUCUACACAGACAGAAAAUGGAUUUGUAGCAAGUCAAACAGCUUUCCCCUCCAGGGACCAAGAGUUUUAAAUCCUUUUUAGAGAAUCUGCCAAAGAGAUGCUUUGUAAUUUGUAAUAUACAGUUGCUGCUCUGCUCUUGGCUGACCAAAAUUGUCACCUCAAAUGCCUUCAUAAUAAUUGCCAACAGCCAAGUUGAAAACCAUUUUAAGGGGUUAUUUAGGAGUCUUAUGAGGCAAGGCAUGAGUCUAAAUUAAAUAGGAGUUUUGAUAA